AUGCAGAUCUUCGUGAAGACUCUCACCGGCAAGACCAUCACCCUCGAGGUCGAGUCCUCUGACACUAUCGACAAUGUCAAGGCCAAGAUCCAGGACAAGGAGGGCAUUCCUCCGGACCAGCAGCGCUUGAUCUUCGCUGGCAAGCAGUUGGAGGACGGUCGUACUCUCUCUGACUACAACAUCCAGAAGGAGAGUACUCUUCACUUGGUGCUCCGUCUGCGUGGCGGUAUGCAAAUCUUCGUGAAGACCCUCACGGGGAAGACCAUCACCCUUGAGGUCGAGUCCUCCGACACCAUUGACAACGUCAAAGCGAAGAUCCAGGACAAGGAGGGUAUCCCUCCCGACCAGCAGCGCCUCAUCUUUGCUGGCAAGCAACUCGAGGACGGCCGCACUCUUUCGGACUACAACAUCCAGAAGGAGAGCACCCUCCAUCUCGUGCUGCGUCUGCGUGGCGGUAUGCAGAUCUUUGUCAAGACCUUGACUGGCAAGACGAUCACCCUCGAGGUUGAGUCUUCCGACACGAUCGACAAUGUGAAGGCGAAGAUUCAGGACAAGGAGGGUAUCCCUCCCGACCAGCAACGCCUCAUCUUCGCUGGUAAGCAGCUCGAGGACGGCCGUACCCUCUCCGACUACAAUAUCCAGAAGGAGAGCACUCUCCACCUUGUCUUGCGUCUCCGUGGUGGCAUGCAGAUCUUUGUCAAGACGUUGACUGGGAAGACUAUCACCCUCGAGGUUGAGUCUUCUGACACGAUCGACAACGUCAAGGCCAAGAUCCAAGACAAGGAGGGUAUCCCGCCCGACCAGCAGCGUCUGAUCUUUGCCGGCAAGCAGCUGGAGGAUGGUCGCACCUUGUCUGACUACAACAUCCAGAAGGAGAGUACCCUGCACCUCGUCCUCCGUCUCCGUGGUGGUAUGCAGAUUUUCGUCAAGACCCUCACUGGUAAGACCAUUACCUUGGAGGUCGAGUCGUCGGACACCAUCGACAACGUCAAGGCGAAGAUCCAGGACAAGGAAGGCAUUCCUCCGGACCAGCAGCGUUUGAUCUUCGCUGGCAAGCAGCUCGAGGAUGGUCGCACUCUUUCUGACUACAACAUUCAGAAGGAGAGCACCCUUCACCUCGUCCUGCGUCUGCGUGGAGGCUUCUGA